GACGCCGCGUUCGUGAGCACGGUCGGGCGAGGUGGCAACAUCGACAUUCGCGGAUUUUUCACGCCUACGGGCAUCCAGAGCGACUCGUGGGUCGAGGUGACGCACUGCCCCGUCGGCGCCGAGAGGGAAAACCUGUGGUUUUAUCGCAUGCCGGGCAGCGGCCUUAGCAUCUUCACCGGUGUCACUCAGACGUUCGCGCGCCGGGGCCGGGACAACCUGCCGCCGAACCUGGACACCGCGCACUGGCUCAGCGCCCCGGGGCCCGGCCAGGAGCUCGUGCGGCUCAAUACGGGGAAACUCGGCGGCCUCGGCGUUCGCGGAAGGCGAAUCAGCGGCCCCCUGUGUGGAAAUCAACCAGUGAGUUAGGUUCCGAAAACUCCACGCCCUCGAGCAGACGCGGCUACUGAGACAACAUCGCGUCGACGGCAUGGGGCGCCCGAAAUUUGAUUUCCACACAGGCGGCCGCGACCUCGUGGCCAUGGGACACAUGAAAUGCGGCCAACCUCCCGACGUGAGAGACUGCCGGCCCGACGACGUCGCCGCGCGGCUCCACACGGAGUGCGCCGGCUGGAACGAAAAGGACCCCCUCAAGCGCUUCACCGACGAGAAUCGCGUGCCCGUGCUCAACGAGGUUAUUGAUAGAGGCGUCCACAUCUGCACCAAAAAAGGGAGCGACGAGAUCAUCCGCGCGGCGGCGCGGCGCCGGCGCCUAUUAGGACUAGUACACUAGGUAACCUUACGGAACACGAAGUACGCCGUCGUGCCCUGCAUCACCCUCACGCUAUCGUCAAUAUACUCGACGGCCAGGGCGUUCAUGACGCGCAUGCUCUUCCAGCCCCGUUCUACUCGUUUCCCGUCGACCGUGACCGGACCGUACGUCACCUUGCGCGGCAGGCAGUCGACGUAGACACGUUGGCACCGCUGCAGCGCGUCGAAGCGCCGGUUCAGGCCCCAAUCUGAAGCGACAGUAACAUCUAAUUCGUCGACCCCAAUUUGUGGUGCUAUUUUUUCCACAUAAACAACGGCGUCCACAGAAUCGGAAAUAGUCUGUGUGAGCGAGACGAAGUCGGCGCCGCCCGGUAAGGUACCGGCAACUCCCGUAAAUCCUUUGUUGAAGGCGAAGGAGGGCGAGGACGUGAACGCGAGCUCCCAGGUCCCCGUGAGCAGAUCGACGAGCUCCAAAUCACCACGCUGCGCCUCGUCCCGGAUUGCGGCCACAUCUUUACAUAAAGCCGUGAGUUGGUCAUACGUGGGCGCCUCGGGGUCGUCCGGAUCCGGGUAGGCGCAGGUCGCCGGGAGCGCUCUCAGCAACGCGGCGACGGGCGUUUUGGCUUGCUUUUGUGCUGGUUGUGCUGGUGGUGCUGUUCGAGGCGCGGCCGGCGCGUCGAAGCGCGGGUCCGAGAGCGUCUCGACGCGCGCGGGCGCGGGCGCGGCGGCCGGUGCGGCGGGCGGCGCGGCUU